AUGGAACAAGGACUACAGGUGAUGUACGAUGGAACUCUUGGCUUUGAACAUAUAUAUGUCAUUAAUCUUGUUCAUCGACCAGACAGACGUUUUAAGAUGGAGGCCAUAGAGAAUACACUUGGUUUAGAUUUCGAUUUUUUCCCAGCCAUAAACAACAAUGACAGUGAAACCCUUGAUAAGUAUAAAGCCGACCUUGCGUCUAGACACAAAGCUUGUUACGUUAGUCACUAUAGAGUCUACGAAUCAAUUGUCCGUAAUGGAUACAAUAGUGCCUUGAUUCUAGAGGAUGAUACAGACUUUGAGAUAAGUAUCUCUUCUAUAAUAUCAAACAUUCAUCGCAUUUUACCCAAUGAUUGGGAAAUGCUAUAUAUCGGACAUUGCACUUGGGAACAAGGCGGACCAUUUAUUGGUUAUGCUUCUGGUUUCAAACUGUUUAAAUCAACAUCGCCAGCGUGCACCCAUGCAUAUGCCGUUACGCUUUUUGGCGCUAAAAAGUUAUUAAAAGAACUCGUUAAUCUUAAAUUUCCGAUUGAUUUAGAACUAGGCGAAAAGAUUAAAUCGGGAAAUAUCACUUCAUAUAGUCUUGUACCACCAGCUAUUAUUCAAUGGAAAUCUAAGGAUAAUCCAUCUGACGUUUCUCCCGGGGCAGAAAUGUUGAGCCCUCGUUUAAAGAACUCCACUUUACAUUCUCUUGGGUUCCAAGAAAUUUAG